AUGGAGUCGAGAGAUCAUCGCCUGAACACUCUCCGUGCAUCCAUCGCAGACCUGGAGUCGCAAACCGCUCAAGUAGAAGCCCAGAUUGCUGAAGUCAAAUCCAAACUGAAAAGUGAUCCCUCCGCAACAGUCCAGCGCCACAUUCGCCUUCUGCAUGAGUAUAACGAGAUCAAAGACAUCGGGCAGGGCCUGAUGGGUCUCAUCGCUGAUGCGCGCGGCGUGCGCCAGAUUGUCGUGCAGAGAGAGUACGACGUGGCCGAUCGCGAUUGA